UACUGGCUGUUCAAUCCUUUCUCCGUCUUCGGUCCAGUUGUCGAGAAACAUGGACCUGAUGCCUUCAUCACUCGCUCCCCGAUCGAUGUCAUCAAUAGUGGAGAAGCAUACGAUGUCCCUUGGAUUUCCGGAGUAGUCAGCGAAGAAGGAUUAUACACUUCUGCAGAAUUCGUCGCUAAUAAUACGCUGUUAAAGCAUCUGAACGACAACUGGGACGACAUUGCACCCUAUUUGCUCGAUUUUAACGAUACCAUUCCACUGAAUGAGAAGAAGCAGGUGGCAGAAAAGAUCAGAAAACAUUAUCUGGGAUCUGAACCAAUCGAUAGCAACAGUAUGAUGCCUGUAAUACAUAUGAUGGGUGAUCGAUUAUUCGCGCAUAAUUUCGAGAGGGCUGUGAGAUUGCAAGCCAGAAAAAAUAAGAGCCCAGUGUGGACCUACUUAUACAGUUACAGAUCUAUGUACA